AACCUUCUCUCCUCCGUCUAUACCGUCUCCUACUAGCGACUGCAGCUAACCUUCUCUCCUCCGUCUCCUCCAGUGUCCUCCAGCAGCUCCACUCCCAGCGAGGUGAGCGAGCCCCCGGCUUCAGACGACUCCUCCUACCCCCCUCAGGAGAACGGAGCAGCACCCCCACCCCCACAGGCAGCCAGCACCAGCGGACCCCCAGCCAUCGGGGCACCAGCCAGUGCACCCCCAGCCGGCGGGCACGCCCAAGUUGGCCCUGUCAGCAACGGCCCACUGCCACCGGGGUAAGGGACUUGCAUAGACUCCUAACCAGAUGUGUAUCAUGAGCGAGUAAAAAAAAUUACGCUCCCAAUCAAUCCGACUGCCCUAAUCAGCCUGUCCAUCGGAAAUGUGCGCAUGCCUUCGUCUUACAUUUUACAUUUAGUCAUUUAGCAGACGCUCUUAUCCAGAGCGACAGUAUGAAAAUGUGCAUACAUUUUCAUACUGGCCCCCCGUGGGAAUCGAACCCACAACCCUGGUGUUGCAAACGCCAUGCUCUACCAUCUGAGCUACACGGGGUCUUCAAAUCCAAUUUUAUUUGCACAUGUGCCAAAUACAACAAGUGUAGACUUUACCGUGAAAUGCUUACUUACGAGCCCUUUCCCAACAAUGCAGUUAAAAAGUACGGAAAUUAUCAAGUAGAUCAAAAUAAAAUAGUAUCACAAUCAAAUAACAAUAACGAGGCUAUAUACAGGCUAUGUACAAGGAGUACCGGUACCGAGUCAGUGUACUGGGGUACCAGGUAGUUGGGGUGAUUGAUUGAGGUUAUAUGUACAUGUAGGUUUGGUUAGAUGAUUGAUUGAGGUAAUAUGUACAUGUAGGUUUGGUUAGAUGAUUGAUUGAGGUAAUAUGUACAUGUAGGUUUGGUUAGAUGAUUGAUUGAGGUAAUAUGUACAUGUAGGAAGGGGGUCUUUAGCGUCAUUCCUGGGUUUUAAUGCGUGUGUCAGGAGUUCACUGUAUGCCCUAUAUAGCCUACUGUAUGUGUCCUGCAAUAUAUCCCCACGCUGUAUAUCCUGCAUCUUGUAAAUGUGAACUUUAAGGUUGCAGUGUUUCCCCUGUAUGCAUUUAGCAGCGGCGUAACUCCCUAGUAUUUAACGAUUACAAGCUUAUCCAUGCUAUGCUUGAAAAUAUGGAGAGUGGUGCUCAGUAAUGUGUUGUAUUGGAUUUGCCCCAAACAUAACACUUUGUAUUCAGGACAAAAAGUUAAUUGCUUUGCCACAUUUUUUGCAGUAUUACUUUAGUGUCUUGUUGCAAACAGGAUGCAUGUUUUGGAAUAUUUAUAUUCUGUACAGGCAUCCUUCUUUUCACUCUGUCAAUUAGGUUAGUAUUGUGGAGUAAAUGCAAUGUUGAUGAUCCAUCCUCAGUUUUCUCAUCACAAUCAUUAAAAUCUGUAACUGUUUUAAAGUCACCAUUGGCCUCAUGGUGAAAUCCCUAAGUGGAACGCCUGUAUCUUUGUAGUGAGUGGGUGUAUUGAUACACCAUCCAAAGUGUAGUUAAUAACUUCACCAUGCUCCAUGAUAUUCAAUGUCUACCAAUAGGUGCCCUUCUUUGCGAGGCAUUGGAACACCUCCUUGGUCUUUGUCUUUGUGGUUGAAUCUGUGUUUGAAAUUCACUGCUCGAUUGAGGGACCUUACAGAUAAUUGUAUGUGUGGGGUACAGAGAUGAGGUAGUCAUAAAAAAAAAUCAUGAUAAACACUAUGAUUGCACACAGUGAGUCCAUACAACUUAUUAUGUGACUUGGUAAGCAAAUUUUUACUCCUGAACUUAUUUAGGCUUGCCAUAACUAGACUAGAGGGCGAAGGCAAACUCCACCUAACUAGUGUACUAUGUACGUUUUCUAACUAUGUACAUUUUCAGGAUGGUAAAACGUUUUCAGUGUAAACGUAAACGACUAAAACCAGAUAUAAAGUAUGUAGAAAAGAUAAUGGAGCUAUAUAUUUUUUAAUAAGAUCAUCUUUGAGAACUAACAAUCACCAAAAUAAAAACUAGACAGUCAGGGAUAAUCUGAAAUUCCAAAAAUGUAAUUGCAUGUUCUUAUAAUGUUUGAGUUACAUCAGAUAGCAUAAGAACAAGGCAUAUAAGAUAUGGCAAAAUUUGUGGAAUGCAGGAAAUUAGCUUUGAAACUGCGAUUGUUCUCUCAGCCCCAUGACAAAUGUGUAGAAAUGAAGGAAAUUAGCUUUAAAACUAACAUUUUGUCUCUGUGGUCAAGAGGGCCUCUACAACCGUGCCAUUGGCCACGGCCACCACCGAGCCCACUACCACGCACCAACCCGCUAACUUUGCCACUGCUGCUGAAAAAAAAUCCUAGGGGACACACUGAGGUUGACUUGAGUUCAAUGCGACACCUCUUUGUAGAGUUGACUUAAUGUUUAACUCUUUGUUGGUUAUGAAUAGCUGUUGACACUUCAAUUUGAUAUUUCAAACAACCUCUCAACCGCUAAUAGAUGAGAAUGAACAAUUUAUCACUCAUUUUACAGUCAGUAGAAAAAUAUACUUAGUCUAGUCAGCGUUAGUCUAGGCAGCGUUAGUCUGUUGUUAGUCUAGGCAGCGUUAGUCUGUUGUUAGUCUAGGCAGCGUUAGUCUGUUAGUCUAGGCAGUGUUAGUCUAGGCAGCGUUAGUCUGUUGUUAGUCUAGGCAGCGUUAGUCUGUUGUUAGUCUAGGCAGUGUUAGUCUGUUGUUAGUCUAGGCAGCGUUAGUCUGUUAGUCUAGGCAGUGUUAGUCUGUUGUUAGUCUAGGCAGUGUUAGUCUGUUAGUCUAGGCAGUGUUAGUCUGUUAGUUAGUCUAGGCAGUGUUAGUCUGUUGUUAGUCUAGGCAGUGUUAGUCUGUUUGUUAGUCUAGGCAGUGUUAGUCUGUUGUUAGUCUAGGCAGCAUUAGUCUGUUGUUAGUCUAGGCAGUGUUAGUCUGUUGUUAGUCUAGGCAGUGUUAGUCUGUUGUUAGUCUAGGCAGUGUUAGUCUGUUGUUAGUCUAGGCAGCAUUAGUCUGUUAGUCUAGGCAGUGUUAGUCUGUUAGUCUAGGCAGUGUUAGUCUGUUGUUAGUCUAGGCAGGUUAGUCUGUUAGUCUAGGCAGUGUUAGUCUGUGUUAGUCUAGGCAGCGUUAGUCUGUUAGUCUAGGGUUUAGUCUGUUGUUAGUCUAGGCAGUGUUAGUCUGUUGUUAGUCUAGGCAGUGUUAGUCUGUUGUUAGUCUAGUCAGCGUUAGUCUGUUGUUAGUCUAGGCAGCGUUAGUCUGUUGUUAGUCUAGUCAGCGUUAGUCUGUUAGUCUAGUAAGCGUUAGUCUGUUGUUAGUCUAGGCAGCGUUAGUCUGUUGUUAGUCUAGUCAGCGUUAGUCUGUUAGUCUAGUAAGCGUUAGUCUGUUGUUAGUCUAGUCAGCGUUAGUCUGUUAGUCUAGUAAGCGUUAGUCUGUUAGUCUAGUAAGCGUUAGUCUGUUGUUAGUCUAGUCAGCGUUAGUCUGUUAGUCUAGUAAGCGUUAGUCUGUUGUUAGUCUAGUCAGCGUUAGUCUGUUAGUCUAGUCAGCGUUAGUCUGUUAGUCUAGUCAGCAUUAGUCUGUUGUUAGUCUAGUCAGUGUUAGUCUGUUAGUCUAGUCAGCGUUAGUCUGUUAGUCUAGUAAGCGUUAGUCUGUUGUUAGUCUAGUCAGCGUUAGUCUGUUAGUCUAGUCAGCGUUAGUCUGUUAGUCUAGUCAGCGUUAGUCUGUUGUUAGUCUAGUCAGUGUUAGUCUGUUAGUCUAGUCAGCGUUAGUCUGUUAGUCUAGUAAGCGUUAGUCUGUUGCCUAUUGUAUAUUGCCUACUGUGGGUCAUUACAUGUAGUAAGUAUUAGGAGUUCAACUUAGUGCACGUUAGUAACUAGUAGUAAUAUUCUGUGUAAUUUAAUCAAUUCAAUUAAUGUACUUGCAAUUAUUUUUAUUUAGGAUUUUAACAUUUGUUUAGGUGUUAAGGCUACGUUUGCGCAAGCCUGGUGCCCUUCAAAUCUAGUCGCUGACUGUUCUGUGUGUUUUGUGUGAAGCUGGGAGCAGAGGGUGGACCAGAAUGGCCGCAUGUAUUACGUGGAUCACAUUGAAAAAGGGACGACAUGGAACCGACCCGACUCUCUCCCUUCUGGGUAACUAACAAUUAACAAACAAAUAAUUUAUUCAUAAAAUACUUAGUUCAUAUUUCAUAUAUUAUAUGUUUGGCUUUCAUAUGGCAGUAGUGUAUCACUAAUUCUACUCUUUAAAAAGUAACCAAUGUAUUUUGGAUUACGGUAACUAAUGUGUAUGUUACGCUGUACAAUGUAAAAUAAUUGGUGUUAAAUUGGUUUCAAUAGAGCACCUGCACGAAGUUGAUGUCACUAUAGUUUGAUGUCACAAGGAACACUGCACAGUACCAAUCCUAGCUCAGUGAUAAGUGACAUCAAACUUUAGCCGUGCCAUUUUUGUGCACAUCCUACUGAAGACUUCAGACCAAAGGCCCUGGAUUUCUUUACAGUGGACACUGCCUCCCCUAGAGGAAUAUCGGCCCUGUUGAGAUACUGCAGGAAUGCUUCCCCUAGAGGAAUAUCGGCCCUGUUGAAAUACUGCAGAAAUGCUUCCCCUGCUUGUUUCCUCAAGAGAAGUGUAGAUAUGUGAUUGGAUAGGUGUAAGCAAGGUUACCACCCUAUUACUUUCACCAAUCUAUCCAGUUCAGAUCUGUUUUUAUUUUACUAGAAGGUAGGGAGAAAUGAUUCCUUUCGAAAGUAUUCAAGCAGGGCCGUCAUCAAUCAUCAUGGGGAAGUUGAAAAUUCCCUCUCCCCUCCCCUCCUCUCCCAUGUAGGUGGGAGCGGCGAGUCGACCCCAUGGGCAGGGUGUACUUUGUGGACCACAUCAGCCGGACCACCACGUGGCAGCGCCCUACGCAGGAGUCGGUGCGUAACUAUGAGGAGUGGCAGCACCAGCGCAGUCAGUUGCAGGGGGCCAUGCAGCAGUUCAACCAGAGGUUCAUAUUCGGGGUAAGACAUGGGCUACGUCCCAAUUCUCUCCCCUUCCUCCCAAGGUGCGCUAGCCUAAUCCCAAAUUGAGAUGUGAGAUGAUUUGACAGGUGUAAGCAAUAUGGUGAAACUGGCUUAGAACCCCCUGGCCUUAGAACCCCGUUAGAACCCCUGGCCUUAGAACCCGCUAGCCUAUCAGAGGGGCAAGUUGGAACUCAGAUCUCCACAAGUGCAUAGGGUCUAGGGGUGGAGGACGUAGGGUCUAGGGGUGGAGUACACAGGCCCUAGUGUCUAGGGGUGGAGUGCCUAGGGUCUAGGGGUGGAGUGCAUAGUGUCUAGGGGUGGAGUGCCUAGGGGGUAGAGUGUCUAGGGGUAGAGGUGGUGUAGGGUCUAGGGGUGGAGUGCUUAGGGCAUAGGGUCAAGGGGUGGAUUUGGGAUUGGACCACUGAUUUGAAAGGUAAUAACUGGUAAAAGAAAUAUGGUGUAAACUCCCUCUAGCCCAGGCCUCCACCAAUCCAAUGCUUUUAGAUAUAAUAAUAAUAAUAAUAAUAAUAAUAAUAAUAAUAAUAAUAAUAAUAAUAAUAAUAUGCCAUUUAGCAGACGCUUUUAUCCAAAGCGACUUACAGUCAUGCGUGCAUACAUUUUUGUGUAUGGGUGGUCCCGGGGAUCGAACCCACUACCUUGGCGUUACAAGCGCCGUGCUCUACCAGCUGAGCUACAGAGGACCACAUAUGUGGGAAGUAGUGAACGACUGUACACUUCAGGAGGAAGGAGAUAAAAUGGGACUCCCCCUUGGACUCUGUUUGAAUACUUAUAUAAGUAGACCAUCGGAAAUGCAUCCUUCCUUGAAGGAAUCACAGUUCUGAACCGGUUGGGUUGGUGGAAGUUCUAGGAUGGUGACCUUGCUUUCAGCUAUCUAAUCACUUAUUAAUCUGUGAUUAGCUAUUUUAUAAGCCCACUGUAUAUCGUUGUAAAGAAGCAUUAUUCAACACACGUAAGCUCUGUUCAUUUGACCUCCUUGUUUCUCCAUUGUAGCUCCAGGAUCAGCAAAUAGCCGCAGCAAACAAAGAGUUUGACCCACUUGGGCCGCUGCCACACGGCUGGGGUAAGUAGCACGAUCCACCACCACGCGUUUUCAACUGUCAAUACGCUCCGAAUGUGGAGACGUCACAAUGUAAACAUUUGUAGAAACGUCUUGCCAGUUUGAGGCAGUGUCAUGUUUGCUAGCACAGGGCAGUGUGAUGCCUACCCAACUACUGUAUAAGUGAAUUGUUUUUUACGCACAGUUAGCCAGGUUAGUUAGCUUGCUAGCUACAAUUACUUCGUUAGUUAGCAACUGCAGUGUCACAUGUCCAAAAAUUAUGAGGCGUCUCCACGGGUGGAUUCACUAGAAAACGAACGUAACGUAGCAGGCGUAAAUGAAUCUCCUGAAACUAGAUCCCAUACAUACUGGUCUUGACGAGAAGAAAAAUAAACUGUUCAACCAAUCCUGCACUGUUCAACCAAUCCAGUAAAUGUGGAGGAGGAGUUAAGAUGGAGUGUCGCCUUGUUAACGUCCAAAAGUGGAAGUCGUGUCACAGGCUCUUUCCAUUUCCCCUGAAAACCGGAACAUCUGGUUGUUGGGGACUCGGCAGAGGCUACUAGAAACCAAACGGAAUGAAACUGGGAGGAACCUAUCUGAAUUUGGCCAAUAGAAACUCUAAUUUUAAAUGCAAAAAAAAAAAAAAAUCCUGUUGACAAACGUUUUGCAACUGUUUGCUACAGUGUGCACUAAUGAUUACACCCCAGUUGUGUUUCUUUUGACAGAUUGUGAUUUAAUCCACUUUCUAAACGUAUAACUGUUAUGGAAUCUUUGUUUGGUACGAUGAGGGAUUCUAAGUCUCGUUCUUGCUGUUUGUUUUGAUGUCUACUGCAGAGAAGCGAACAGACACCAACGGCAGGGUGUAUUUUGUUCACCACACAUCGCGGAUGACCCAGUGGGAGGACCCACGAACGCAAGGGUCAGUUUAAUUCCAAACAAGCAACCCAAAUACUGGACUGUAAAGAACGGCUCUUGUAUGACUGUCAGUGCCCUGUAAAUAAGUCUGUGUGUGUGUGUGUGUGUGUGUGUGUGUGUGUGUGUGUGUGUUGGUUGGUUGGUUUGUGUUGGUGUAGGCUGCUUAAUGACAAGCCUAUACCUGAAGGCUGGGAGAUGAGGUUCACCGUGGACGGCAUCCCCUACUUCGUGGACCACAACAGGAGAACCACCACAUACAUCGACCCUCGCACGGGCAAAUCCUCCCUGUGAGUCAAGUGUGCACUCACUCACUCCCAGUGACCCUUCAGUUGCUGGCCCGUCAGCCCGCUACUCACUAUCUCACUCACAUGCUCACUCACACUUGCAUGUACGCACACACAUGCUCACUCACUCGCACACUCACAUGGUAUACACAAAUAUAUUUUAAAGACUUAAUUUGAGUCCAUAAAUCACAUUACAGUCCAAAGGAUUCAAACAUUUAAAAGAUCCCAGGUGCACACACACACACACACACACACACACACACACACACACACACACACAGACACACACACAGUUGUGCCAUCCAUCCACUCACCUAAUUGUAUUGCUCAAAAGAUGUUGAAUGUUAUUUACUCCAGUGAGACCCAUCAAAUAAGCACAUAAACAAAUGUCAGUGUCAACAAGCUCAUGUAUUUCAUGUUUUCUUCACAGUGAGAACGGGCCCCAGAUCACUCAUGUAUUUCAUGUUUUCUUCACAGUGAGAAUGGGCCCCAGAUAACUCAUGUAUUUCAUGUUUGCUUCACAGUGAGAAUGGGCUCCAGAUUACUUAUGUAUUUCAUGUUUGCUUCACAGUAAAAACGGGCCCCAGAUCACUCAUGUAUUUCAUGUUUUCUUCACAGUGAGAAUGGGCCCCAGAUCACUCAUGUAUUUCAUGUUUGCUUCACAGUGAGAAUGGGCUCCAGAUCACUCAUGUAUUUCAUGUUUGCUUCACAGUGAGAACGGGCCCCAGAUCACUCAUGUAUUUCAUGUUUGCUUCACAGUGAGAAUGGGCCCCAGAUCACCUACGUCAGGGACUUCAAAGCCAAAGUGCAGUACUUCAGGUUCUGGUGUCAGGUAUGUACCCUACACACCCUGUACCCUAGCUUUGUAGUGUACGCUAUAGUGUACACUCUGUCCUGAGAACCACCUCUGCCUUUCUAAAAUGCAGUCUUAGGCUGUGUCCCAAUUCCCCUGAAGUAUACACUUACAAAUGCACUCUUCCCGCAUUUAAAAGGAGGAUUGAGGUAUGUAUGCUCGGUUAGAGGGAGCUUCCACCAGACCUGGGUUCAAUUACUACUAGACAUUUUUCAAUAAUUUGAGUGUUUGCUUAAACCUGUCUGGAGUACCAGGCGGGCGGGUUUGCACUUUUGGUUCCAUUGCAACUGUCCUCGAGAGAGGGAGAUAGAUGAAUACAUUGUCCAGGCCAAGGAGCUCAGCUAUGAGACCAUGGUGAACUUCCUGGGUAUAGCUGCAACCAGGGCCUAAGUAUAGCUGCAACCAGGGCCUAAGUAUAGCUGCAACCAGGGCCUAAGUAUAGCUGCAACCAGGGCCUAAGUAUAGCUGCAAGUACUGCAGAGCUGCACAAGUGUGUUAGUGGGACAACCACCCAAUAUACUGUAUAUAUAUUUAUUUGUUUUAAUGGGAGGGGGGGGGGGGGUAGAAGGAUUACUUUUAUACUAUUCCAGGUAUUCCUUAAAGAGAUAGAGUUUCAAGUGACUCCGCUGUCCUGGCGUCGUGAGGGAGCUUGUUCCACCAUUGGGGUGCCAGAGCAGCGAAUAGUUUUGACUGGGCUGAGCGGGAACUGUGCUUCCGUAGAGGUAGGGGAGCUAACAUGUCAAUGUAAACAGGCAAGCUCAAUCAAGCACAGCUAACGUGUUUGACUUUUCAAAUAGUGCUUGAAUCCAGGUCUGGCUUCCUCUAGUCUUCUUUUCCUUUUAAGGAUGAAGACAAGUGAACAUGUGCACACUUAAGGGCACAUCCUGAUUCCCACUUAGGUGAAAUGUUCACUUAGUCUCCCAUUGACAUCAAUGAAAGACUAAGUGAAAAUUUGACUUAAUUGGAAGUUAGGAUUCCCCAUUUUGGGCAGAAGGGGAGACCCCGAGUUAUUCCUGUUGUUCCUGGGGCCAUAACGCGAGCCUGUCUUUGUCUUCCAGCAACUGUCAAUGCCACAGCACAUCAAGAUCACCGUCACCCGCAAAACCCUCUUUGAAGAUUCAUUCCAGCAAGUGAGUGUAUAAAAAAUAAGGUAGUAUAUAAAAAAAGUAUUAUUAUAUAUUAAUAAAAUAUAAAUAGGCACGCAUUUAAACUUGCGCUCUUUGUAGUCUUGUGAAUAAGUACAAAAAUAACACUAGUUGAAAAGUUGUCAGUGUUCGAGAAAUAGUUUGUCAUUUCUUUUGAGCAACUUUGAGUACUCUAUUUUUGGACCAGAGGUACAGAAAGGUGGAUGAAUACAAGGGCUGUGUUCAAAAAUAGUCAAACGUUGUAAUGUUUCUGUUUCCAAUUCUCUCUUUUUGUCCAUCAAAGAUAAUGAGCUUUCAUCCACAAGAUCUCAGACGGAGGCUUUGGAUAAUUUUCCCUGGUGAGGAAGGCUUGGACUACGGAGGAGUGGCAAGGUAAAUUACCUAUUUUGAUAGGUGAAGUAUGAACUCAUAUUAGGAAUCAUUGUAAGUGUGUGUUUGUGUCAGUCUUUUCAACGUAUUUUUUUAACAUUGUGUGUGUGUUCUCAGGGAGUGGUUCUUCCUGUUGUCUCAUGAGGUGCUGAACCCCAUGUACUGCCUGUUUGAGUACGCUGGGAAGGACAACUACUGUCUCCAGAUCAACCCUGCCUCUUACAUCAACCCCGACCACCUCAAGUACUUCAAGUUCAUCGGACGCUUCAUCGCCAUGGUACCUACCUCAAUGCUAUGUAUGGGGCGAAUCCUAACCUCCACUUAAGUUGAAUUUUCACUAAGUCAUGCAUUGAUGUCAAUGGGAGACUAAGUGAAAUUUUGACUUAAAUGGGAAUUCGGAUGCAGCCCUUCUUCACUAGCCUGGGCCUUGUUCAUUAGGGCUAGCAACAUAGCAUGUUUUAAAACAUUUUGCAACAGAAAAUGAAAGUGAGCCUCCCUGUUUCAGUUUGUUCGGUGCCGAAUGAACACGACCCUGAAAAGAAGCCACUCUGUAGUUCCUGAUCACAUCCCUGGUUCAUGAUGUCACUCUGUAGUUCUUGAUCACAUCCCUGGUUCAUGAUGUCACUCUGUAGUUCCUGAUCACAUCCCUGGUUCAUGAUGUCACUCUGUAGUUCCUGAUCACAUCCCUGGUUCAUGAUGUCACUCUGUAGUUCCUGAUCACAUCCCUGGUUCAUGAUGUUUCUCUACAGGCCUUGUUCCACGGGAAGUUCAUCGAUACGGGAUUCUCCCUGCCCUUCUACAAGCGCAUCCUGAACAAGCCCCUGGCCCUGAAGGACCUAGAAUCCAUCGACACGGAAUUCUACAACUCCCUCAUCUGGAUCAAGUGAGUCUGGGAAUGGGAACAGGAAGUAGAAAUGGGAAUGUGGAGUGUGGAGAGCUUUGCCUGAUAAUGGUGACUUAGUGGCAGUGAUAGUUAGGAUGAUGAUGAUGGUGAAUAUGAUGAACAAAUAAUAUUGAUGAUGAGGUGAUUAUAACUAUGAGGAAGAGGAGAUGAUGAAGAGGAGAAGUGAAAAAUGAUGAUGAUGAUAGUAACUGAUGAGCAAGGAGAGGAGCUGCUGAUGAGUGUGACAUCUACCCUCUUGUGUUUGCUCCCAGGGAUAACAACUUGGAGGAGUGUGGUCUGGAGAUGUUCUUCUCUGUGGACAAGGAGAUCCUGGGGGAGGUCACUACUCAUGAGCUUAAGCCAGACGGAGGCAACGUCCUGGUCACUGAGGAGAACAAAGAGGAAUACAUCAGGUAGGAUUGAAAACCAACUAGAAAUCAGUGGGUACAUAUUUUUUGCCCAACAGAAGAAAUGAACAUUUAUCUGAUACAUUCUCUGUUGUGUGUCCUUCCUCCAGGCUGGUGGCAGAGUGGAGGUUGUCCAGAGGUGUGGAAGAGCAGACCCAGGCCUUCUUCGAGGGCUUCAACGAGGUCCUCCCCCAGCAGUACCUGCAGUACUUUGACGCUAAGGAACUGGAGGUACACCAUGGGUUUAUUCAUACACAGAUGAAAUGAGUUACUGUAAUGAAGAAAUGGGAUGUGAAAACCACUCUUUUUAUCUCAACGUAUGGCGCCUAAACAGAAUAUGGCAUGGACCAACCUUCAGUAUUUUCCCUUCAAAUGUCUUCGCUGAAGUAUUGAGUGCCCCCUUGGCACUAGAUUGUUGAUGCUCGGGUCCAUUUGGAAACCAGUAUUGGUCAAUCACCACAGUAUACCGGGUUAAAGAUUCUCCCAGAGUUCGCUGGUCAUUCUUCCCCAUUGAGAAUGGUGUAACUUAAUAUCUGGUCCCCCCACCAGGUGAUGCUGUGUGGUAUGCAGGAGAUAGACCUGGUGGACUGGCAGAGGCACACCAUCUACAGGCACUGUGCAUGCAGCAGCAAGCAGAUUGUCUGGUUCUGGCAGGUCAGUAGGGCUCUAUGGUAUAUCGUGAAGGGGUGUUUACUGUUUGGCGUAUUUUGACUAUUAAAUGUUCUGAUGUGAAAAUGUUUCUUCCAGUUUGUAAAGGAGAUGGACAAUGAGAAACGCAUGAGGCUGCUACAGUUUGUCACCGGCACCUGUCGGCUCCCCAUGGGUGGCUUCGCUGACCUCAUGGGUACGUUAGAGAACAGUUUCUGGUAUCUCUAUAUACGAUAUGUUUUUUUAUAUUCAACUAUCAGCUAACCCACACCUUAAGGGAUUGUUUAUGGAUAACUAGCAAGUCAUCCAUGGAAGUCGAGGAUUCAAAUAAACGUUUUUUGGGACUUGUAUUUUGAUAGAUAUAGACAUUGAAAGAGAACGAUGGACCAGCUCUAGUCACAGAAAUUGAGGAUUUUUAUAUUUGUGAGGAGAGUUGUCAUGUCGUUGUUUUGUGCUUUCAGGGAGUAACGGACCACAGAAGUUCUGCAUCGAGAAGGUGGGCAAAGAAAACUGGCUUCCAAGAAGUCACACUUGGUAAGUUCAUUAGUGGAGUUACUCUCCAGUCAUUUCCAGCUCAAUUGGUAGAGCGUGGCGCUUGUAACGCCAGGGUAGUGGGUUCGAUCCCCGGGACCACCCAUACGUAAAAAUGUAUGCACACAUGACUGUAAGUCGCUUUGGAUAAAAGCGUCUGCUAAAUGGCAUAUUAUUAUUAUUAUUAUUAUUAUUAUUAUUAUUUCUAAGCACUCACUGUCUGAACAUCAACAUAAGACAUUUAAUAAAAUGGCCACCCGGACUAUUUACGUUGACCCCCCCCCCCCCCUUUAUUUUUACACUGCUGCUACUCGCUGUUUAUUAUCUAUGCAUAGUCAUUUUACAAAUUACCUCGACUAACCUGUACCCCCGCACAUUGACUCUGUACUGGUACCCCCUGUGUUAUAUAAUUUUAUUGUGUUACUUUUUGAUUUCAUUCAAUUUUUGUACUUUAUUUUAUUUAGUCAAUAUUUUCUUAACUCUAUUUCUGGUUAAGGGCUUCUAAGUAAGCAUUUCACAGGAAGGUCUACACCUGUUGUAUUCGGCGCAUGUGACAAACACAUUUUUAUUUGAUUCGAUUUUGAACAUACAAUUCCUGUUAUAUCGGAGGGCUUAGGCCAGUUCAUCUCUCAAUGUGAACUCAGUCUUGAUUAAACGUGACCCUGCCACGCAAUACUUCAUCAUUUUCAAUUCAGCCAUUAACAACCUUUCCUCUCGAUAUUCAAACUAUUUAUUUUGUUAUCAAAUAUACAUUUUCUGCCACUUAACAGCCACUUUUAUCCAAAGCAACUCGGUACAGUGAGAACAUCAUCUUUUGGUGUUAGUCGUGCCAUGCUCUUAACAACUGAGCCACACAGGACCUAAUUUCUCAAGUCUGUAUCAUUUAUGUGUCUAUCUGCAAUGUAAUGGUUUUAUUUUGUAUUCCUUGUGUUUGUAAUCCCAGCUUUAAUCGACUGGACCUGCCCCCCUACAAGAGCUAUGAGCAACUGAAGGAGAAGCUGAUGUUUGCCAUCGAGGAAACUGAGGGCUUCGGACAGGAG